AUGGCCUCAUAUCAUCAGGGUGUUUUCGGUCCACCUAGCGACAAACUGCUAAAGGUUAACUUGAAUGGAUUUCGAGCACUGCAGGUCACCAGGCUUCUGGGUCGAAAGUUUUGCGCAAAUCCAUUUCAGAUGCGUGAUGGUCUUUGGCACUUUGAUCUUUAUGGAACACCGUACGAGCAGUACUGUCCAGCAAUUCCUCAGUGCAACCCUGCAGACAAAUAUCGAACCAUUGACGGCAGUUGUAACAACUUGGAACAUCCAAUUUGGGGUAGAUCGGUGUCUCAGUUUUCUCGAAUAUUACCUCCCAGUUACUCUGAUGGAAUUAGCGAGUUUCGUUUGUCCGUUUCUGGCCGACCAUUGCCUCUUGCGCGUUUUGUAUCAACUCAACUUACCUUUACUUCAUCGCAAUUAGAUCCUGUUGUUAAUGUUAUGUUUAUGCAAUGGGGUCAAUUACUUGAUCAUGACAUGACAUUAGGAUCUUCAACACGAGCUUUUGAUGGCACAGGUCUGCUUUGUUGCAAUCAAACACAUCCAGAAAGUGCUAGUAUGCACCCAGCUUGUCGUGAACACAAUCGAUUGAGUCGCGAACUUAAAAGAAUCAAUCCGCAUUGGAAUGAUGAAACAAUUUUUCAAGAAGCUAGACGAAUUGUUGGCGCAGGUCGAAGUGCAAUGAAAUUAAACGAUUUAAUGCUGAAGAAUCAAGGAUACUCAUAUUCAUAUGACCCAAACAUCAAUCCAGCUAUUAUGAAUGAAUUUGCUGCGUCUGCUUACCGCUGGCACUCAUUUGUUCAGAUGAAAAACUUUUUGUUUCCAGCUGGUAAUGCAACAUUUGGCUUAGAUCUUGCCGCCAUUGACAUUCAAAGAGAACGAGAUCAUGGGACUCCUCCUUACAACGAAUUUCGAAAAGUUUGUGGGCUUCCGAAAAUACGAAAUUUUCAAGAUUUGAAUGGCGUACUUCAACCUGGAAUGGCUGAAAAGUUUUCACAAAUUUAUGAGCACGUUGAUGACAUUGAGCUUUUUGUAGCUGGUCAUAGCGAAAUUCCACUACCAGAAGGACUUGUGGGACCAACAUUUGCUUGCAUUGCCACAGAGCAAUUUCGAAGACUUAAAAAUGGUGAUAGAUUUUGGUUUGAAAAUGGUGGCAUGCCAAAUUCGUUUAGUGAACAACAACUUAAUGAAUUACGAAAGGUGACUUUGUCUGGCGUUCUUUGUGCCAACGGAGAUCAAAUACAACAAAUUCAACCUUUUGCCAUGAUUAUAAAAUCAAGAUUAAAUCAAAACAUUGAUUGUCGAAACAUACCUCAAAUCAAUCUAAAAUUUUGGCAAGAAUAA